AAGUUGAUCAUGGCCCGCGAUGAAAACAUGACCUCGGCGUAUUUACAAGUCAAACAUCUCAUGGCCAAUAAGCAGGUUUUUUUUUUUUGUGACUUAAGUUCCACGCCCUAGAAUAAACCAUAUUUGUGGAAAGUGAAUUUGGCGGUCUUCAUAAGGCGAAGCCGAACCGGAAACGGAAGAAAACUUUGGAAACGAACGCUGAGCUGAAGUUUCCAGCAUGGACAACCUGGAGGAGGACCUGACGUGCUCGGUGUGCUACUCGCUGUUUUCGGACCCGCGGGUGCUGCCUUGCUCGCACACCUUCUGCCGCGCCUGCCUGCACGGCCUGCUCCUCGCGUCCCAAAGCUCCAUCUGGCGCCCGCUGCGGCAGCCGCUCAAGUGCCCCAACUGCCGGGGUGUCGUGGAGCUGCCCGUGGCCGGGGUGGGCGCGCUGCCCACCAACGUGUCCCUUCGCGCCAUCAUCGAAAAAUACCGGCGGGACAACGAGCCGAGAGUCCCCUUGUGUCCGGAGCACCCGAGGCAGCCCCUCAACAUGUACUGCGUCCGAGACCGCAGGCUCAUCUGCGGCCUGUGUCUGACCGUGGGCCAGCAUCAGGGCCACGCCAUCGACGACCUGCAAGCGGCUUUCGCCAGAGAGAAGCAGACCCCUUCGCUCCUGCUGGCACGGCUCUCUGAGCACAGAUGGGCACGGGUUUGUGAGCUGGGCGAACAGCUGGCGCAGGAGAAGGCCCGGUGCGAGGGUCUAUUGAGGCAGGACCGAGACGAAGUCGCUCAGUUUUUUCACACACUGGAAGCCGCGUUGGCUCGGAAGAAACAAGCCUACCUGGAGGUUCUGGACAAGGCCUUGGCGGAGGUUUCGGGGGCCUACGACCCGCUCAUCCGCAGGGUCAAGGAGCUCCAGGAGGAGCAGCUGGACCUGGUCUCCUUGGCGGCAUCAGUCGAGGAGGAAGACUCGCCGCUGAUCUUCCUGGAGAAGGUUCACAUGUUCAAAGAGCGAGUGGAGGACUUAACCGGCGCCAGUCUCCCCUCCGCCCUCAACCUCUCGGUCACGCCGCGAGCGGCCGACUACCUGCACCAGCACUGGACCGCCGUCACCCUGGGAAGUCUAGACGAGGCCCCCGUCCCCGCGGUCUACUGCUGCACUCGGUGCAGCGGCGGCGCCGCCGAGGCUCACGAAGGACUGUCGCAAGACUCCUACGGGCUGCAGGCCCAACUGCUUUUGUUGUGUUUGUUUUUUCUGCUGCUGUCAUCGCUGUGCUGGCUCGGCGCGGGUCGGUUCAGCCGCGGUCCGAGAGAAGAGCUUUUUACAGCAAUCGGGGAUUGGAUGGAAUCGUCGUACACAGUAACUGAGGCGCUUCUCCUAAGAUGGCGCUCACAUCUCUUGUCUGCAGUAGAAAUGUUGUUGCAGCAGAUGACUGCUUUCUUCACCACUCUGACAUCACCACUUGACCCCUGCCCUCUAUUCACAAGCUGACUUGUGCAUCUUUUUAUGUAGCGGAGAAUGCGUUUGUACGGUACAGUAUUAGCAAUAACCACCCUUGUCUUUUGCACAAUCCUUCAUUUUUAUUUUUGAAACAAAUUGUUUGGAACCAUUCCUAAGAACUGCUCUGAACACUCUAUUAAAAAUCUAACAAAAUAA